UCGGGGAAGCUGUUCAGAGUGACACCCGGAAGUUUACUGUUACAAUCAAUGUCCGAGACCGUACUGAUGGAGGGAAUUGUAAACCGGCGGUUACUUGUAAUCAGUAGAAUAGAUACAUAUUUGUCCUAAUAAACAGUUUACGAGAGAAAGAAGGGCGAGGGACAAUAGGGUUCAUCAGAGCAGAGACGAACCGGGAAAAAACAAACAUGAGAGGAUGCGCGACAGUUGUAUGGAGCGACUAAUCGAUUGCAUUACGUGGAGGGAAAAAAGAAAACAAACCAGAUGAAGCAGGUUUGAUUUGAGGAUGCUUAUGGCCCGAAAACGUAAAUCUAGCUCACCUGAACCAAGGCUUGCCCGUUCCGAAGCCUUAAAGAAGGACGAGGAUGUGUUUGAGAUAAAAGCGUCUCGCAGCGCGUCCCUUGAUUCGCAAAGGAUCUGUCCAUUCGCGAAAAGGAAACGCCAGCGCAUCGUCUCAGAUGCAUCCCCACAAAGAGGACAUUCGGCCAGGUUUAAAGGCCAGGUGGAGUGUAGAGAGGAAUCCCAGCCCAGCACCAGCCCAGCACAGCACCCUGCGUCACCCAAAGAUGACAGUGACCUCGGGCUAGUCAUCACCCUGGGUGAGAAUCAGUGUGGGGGGCAGCAAGGAUGGAGGAAGAAGGGCGUGAGGAUGAAAAUGGGGGCGGCGGGGGGGACAGAGGCUGCGGGGCCUAGGGCCGAGCAGGAAGAGAUGGCCUGUGAGGAUCCGGAUAUUAACAGGCAGCUGGACAAAGAGCUGGAGAGAAAGUCGCAACAGCACAACCUGAGCCGCUCCAAUGUGCGCAGCAUUCUGCACGAGGUCAUCACCAACAAGCAUGUGGUAGCCAUGAUGAAGGCGGCUAUUAGGGAGACACAGGACAUGCCCUUGUUUGAGCCCAAGAUGACCCGCUCUAGACUGAAGGAAGUUGUACAGAAAGGGGUGGUCAUUCCCACCUGGAACAUCCCUGCCAUCAAAAAGGCCAAUGAAGUGAAGCCCCCACAGUUUGUCGAUAUUCAGCUAGAGGAAGAGGACUCCUCUGACGAAGAGUACUGUCCCGAUGAAGAGGAGGAGGACGAGACAGCGGAGGAGACAUUUUUGGAGAGCGACGUGGAGAGCACCGCCUCCUCGCCCCGGGGCAGCCGCCCGGGGAGGUCUCGGACUCCCGUGGACAGCGCGGCGCAGGGAGAGUGCCGUGGCGGCAGCCCGAGACAGAAGUCCCGGCUGUCCAGGCAUCUGAGGGUGGAGGUGGUUCCCAUGGGCCCGCCGCCGCCCCCCCAGUCUGCUGGACCCCAGCGCCCCGUCAGGGUGCCCCACGAGUGCAGCUUCAUGGAGAAGCUCCACGCCGUGGAUGAGGAGCUAGCACUCAGCCCCAUCUGCAUGGAGCCCUACCAGGCCCUGAGCGGCGGUGGGGGUGGUGGCGAGAGCCUGGUGGCGUGCCGCACGCGCUCCAAGCGCCCCCUCCGCAACGUGCCCUUGGGCCAGCUGGAGGCGGAGCUCCAUGCCCCGGACAUCACGCCAGACAUGUACGAGUGUGGCUCCGCCCCCGAAGACCACGAGUGGACCAAGUGGCUGCAGGGCCUCAUGCGGUCCGACAUGGAGAAUGAAGAAGAGGGUGAUGACGACGAUGACCCGGAGUACAACUUCCUGGAAGACAUUGAUGAGCCGGACCUGGAGGACUACCGCAACGACCGUGCAGUCCGCAUAACCAAAAAGGAGGUCAAUGAGCUGAUGGAGGAGCUGUUUGAAACGUUUCAGGAUGAGUUGGGGGUACAGAAGCAUGAUGAAGAGGGGCAUGAGGAGGAAGAGGAGGAAGACAGGGAGGAAGAGGCUCCUUCUCAAGGAGCUCCCAACUUCAAUGUCCCUCAGGCCAUCCGGUUCGAGGAGCCGCUGGCCAACAUGUUGACAGAGCGACACCGCCUGGCGAAGGAACAGUUGGAGGCUCUUCAGCAGCGCCGAGCCCUAAUGGACGUCCAAGCGAAGAGCUCCCAGAGUCCCCCGCAGCCCCCAGUACUGCUGCUGCCCCCUCCCUGUGUCCUUAUCCUCACCCCCCUGCAGAAACUGCAGCUGCAGCAGCAAUUACAGCAGCAUGUCCAGCUGCUGACCCAGGUGCACAUACUGUGCAGCCCAGUGGAGGCGCUGCAGAGUGAGCUGGCCGUGGUGCAGCAUUUCCUGGAGGAGCUGAAAGUGUUUUCAGAGCGUGGGGAGCAGAGCAGGAGGCCCGUGGAGCCUGGAUUCGUCAGCAUCUUCAGGACCUGUAACCUACAGGGGGCGCUGUCCUUGCUGCAUGAGCUGAAACACUCCGAUAUCCCCGUUCUCCCCGUCCAGCCAUUCCGGAGAAAUAGCUUUCGUUCGUACCCCUUACUCCCUCCGAAUGUGGCCUGGCUGCUGGCUACCCGGCCUGUGUUCAUGUACCCCCAACUGCUGCCCCACUGCAGCCUAGACCCCGCCCUGCACCCCCCGCGCUCCAAUAAGGGCUACACCCGCGGGGAGGAAUGCCUGAUUGUGCUGGGCCUGAAGCAUUUCGGUGAGACCGAGUUCCCGUACCAGCUGAUGUGCCGCUACCUACUGCGCACCAAGAAUCCCCAGCAGCUCCGUGCUCGUGUCCACGACAUGUCGGCCCGCCGCGCUCCCGACAACAUCAUCAAGUUCUUCUGUCAGCACAAGAUAGUCCCCUCCAUGCUUUUGGGGUGCGGCAGAGUGAUGCCAGGAGCAGAGCGCCCUGCAGUGGAGAGAGAGGAAACGAUUCUUCCCAUCUGGCUUCGGAAAAGUUUUCCUUAUAUCCAUAAGGCUGUACUAAAGUAUAAUCAGCCUGAAGGCCAGGUUCCAGCUGACGUGGUCCAGUCUCCUCCCUACGUUUUCCCUCCCGGGACACGGUACCCGGCCUCCCUGCCCAGAGACGUCACUCUGCGCCUUCACCCCGGCGGCUUCAAAGCCACGGGCUCUCACGCCGGGUCGAAGCCCCCAGCCCAGUCUGUUCCCGCUUUGACCAAGGCCCCUGCAGGGCUCACAGCCGCUACACCUUUCCUGGCUAAAACCUCAGGAACCACCCCUAACCACGGGGUUAUUUUAAUGGCCAAAGCCCCGACCACUCCCAUUCACGGGGCUAUGUCGCUGGGCCAGGCCCCCCUGACCCCAGCCCACGGGACCGUGCCGGUGAACACCCCCUACUCCGUCAGCCUCAGCACGGCUCAGUGUUUUGCACAGACGCCCGUCAUGCAGGAUCUCCCCUCUGCCCCUCACUCCUCUCUGCUCCAGGUGUCCAGCACAGCCCCCCUGGUAGCCCCCCGCCACACCAACAAACGAAGAGCAAAUCAGCGCCCCCCCCGCAAAUUACUGCCCAUCCAGCCUGCCCCCCCAAAACUGCCCUCCCAGCCCCUCCCACUGCUCACUAUCUCCACAGGUGGAACUGUCAAUGUGCUGAAUCUGGCUAGUGGGUCGGCUGUAGUAGCAGAGGACACGGGGGGCGGGGCUUGCGGUGUCAUCCCUUCCACCGUCAUCAUCAACCUGGCUACUCCAGUAGGCACUACAGUGGUUUGUCCCCCUCCUGCCGCUGAAGGAUUGGUCAGUCCCUCUCCAGAAGCCACGCCUCUACCCCAAGACCCUGUCACGCACCCCAACGGAGCCCUCGCUCAGCUUCGCAAACUAGCCAGGCCAUUGCUUCCAGCUCCUCCCAGCACGAACCCUUCCCAAAGCUACACCGACACUGACAGUGCAGUGAAGUUGAAACUCAACCCCAUUUUCCUUCAUACUCCGUCUCCUGCUGUCACGUCCUCGGAUCAUGUAACGAACACGACACCACUCCAUACGGUUUCAUUGGAAAACCCAAGGGAGAUGUCAAUGGACACCUCCCCUUGUGACCCGCAGAAAUCCAAAGGAACCUGCUAUGGUUCCAGUCCACAGACAAUGAACACUUUUGAACAUAAUGUGCAGUGCUUCAAAACGGUGACUCCUUCAGGCCAGAUUCAGAGUGAGGUACCAAACCAUGACCAGGGUACAGCUCCUCGCGGUAUUCUGCUUGACACAGCCUCACAGCAAAACCUCCAACAGACAAAUGAUACAGAAAACACAAAGAACCACAUCUUGCCUUUCAGUGAGUUAGGUCCACCUCUGGCCUGCUCUCCUAUGACUACUACCUCUGUGAACCUCCCAGACACGUCAACUGGAACAGAUCAGCAACAGCCCAGCAAAGUACCAUUUAUAAAUAUGUUAAACAGCAGGGAUGUGAUACGUUUUGGCUCGAAUGUAAAGCCAUCCACAAGCAGUGUGGCUCAGCUGGAAGUGGACGGUUUGGUGGCAAGCACUGGAGAACAGAAAGAACAGGAGGAGCACCAUGAAAGAGAAGAAUGGGGUGAAAGUGAGAGCGGUAAUAUUGCAGGGCGCCUGCUGGCACUGUCAGAAUCUUCUAGCAGCCCAAGGUCUAGUCUGGACAGCCAUGCAGAUGCCCUGGAGAGACUAAUGGACGUAGAAGAGGAGGGGAAGCUGGUGGAGGCGGGUUGGUGCAGGUUAGCAGCUUCCACUCCCCGUCUGCCAUCUGAGGCAGAAGAAACGGGUGAUGAAGAUGACUGGGAUGAUGAAGCGAAACCAAGGAAUGGCCCAGCUGGUGGACAAGCAAGUGACGCCGAGGUGGGGACCCAGAGGAAAGUGGAGGAGGAGGACGGUCGGUUGGAAGAUGGCGACAGCGGGAGGGCCUGUGUGAAUCUGCCCCCGCCUCACGUCAAGCUGGCAGAAGGGAAAUGCAUUUCAGUGGGAGGGCUUUCACUGAGCUCUGCACACGAGGGCCAGGAGCAGUCUGGAGGAGGAGAGGGUGGCGCAGGCGGCCGGCAAGAUGGCGGGGGAGGGGAGCACCAGGGUGGAGGCGGUGCCAGCGAGAGGAAGGAGGACCGAGGAGACGGCGGAGAAGGAGGGGAAGAAGGCAAGGGAGGGGCGGCGGGAAAGAGAAACGGAGAUGGAGAACGAGGCGGGAAGAGAGAAGGAGAUGGGAAGGGCAACGGAGAAAAGGAUGGUGAUGGGGAGCGUGAGAGGCAGGGCGGAGAGGACGAGGAGGAAGAAGACUUUGAUGACCUCACCCAGGAUGAAGAUGAAGAGGAAGUGAUGUCAUCGGCAUCCGAGGAAUCCGUGUUGUCUGUGCCAGAGCUGCAGGAGACGAUGGAGAAGCUGACUUGGUUAGCAUCGGAGCGCCGGUUAUGUGGGGAAGGUGAUUCAGAGGAGGACAAUUCCCCGAACUCCCCCAAUUCGCCGACCUCUCCAACCUCUCCAGUCUCCCAGAACUCUCAGGAGGAGAACUCCGAGGAGGAGGAAGAGGGGGGGCCGCCCAAAGGGGAGGAAUUGGAGUCGGGUGACGGAGGAACUGGCAAGCUGCCUGGUGGGGAUGUAGCUGAAGGAGCAGGUGCUCCUCAGGCCAGUGGAAAAGGAGCGGGUCGGGGUAGAGGUCGUGGCCGCCCACCCCCUCGCAGCCUGAGGCGCACGCGCCGACAGGACCGGGACAGCAAGGACGCCUCCAAGCUGAUGCUUCUGUACGACGACCACAUCCUGGACAACGACCCCUUGAGGGAGAGCAAGGACAUCGCUUUCGCCCAAGCCUACCUCAAUAGGGUAAGGGAUGCCCUGAAGGACAUUCCCGGGAAGGUGGAGGAGUUCCUGGGGCUCCUGUACGAAUUUGAUCAGGGUGGUGAGGGCCGUAGCGCUGUGGAGCUCUUCGGCCAACUGAAGCCGGUUCUGAAGGAGUGGCCCGAGUUAUUGCGGGACUUCGCGGCCUUCCUGCUGCCCGAGCAGGCCCUGGAGUGCGGCCUGUUUGCCGAGCAGCAGGCCUUCGAACGCAGUCGCCGUUUUCUGCGCCAGCUAGAGAUCAGCUUCGGGGAGAACUCGUCGCACUACCAGAAGAUAGUGCGUGCCUUGCAGGGAGGCCCCGGCCUCAGUCCCGCUGGCAUCGAGGAGCUGAAAUCUCAGAUGGCCUCCCUCCUCAAAGGUCACACCCACCUACAGGGGGAAUUCUGGGUAUUUUUCGAUGAACUCCGCCCACCUCCCCCUCAGCCGGGGCAGUUUGAAGAGGCGGUAUGGCCAGACGAAGGGGGGAGCAUGACUGAUGGCGGGGACGGUGGCAGUGUCGGGCCAGCAGGGGGAGCGGGUGGGGGGUUCGAGGAAGUCACGCUUCCUGACUUGGAGGAGGAAGAAGAGGUGCACAAGAUUCCACCAAUGACCGCCAGAAACAGGAGAAGGAAGGAACUGGUCACGCAUGGAAAUGACAAGGAGUGUGAUUGGCCAGAGAAGGAUUGCUCCUGCCCUUGCCAUGAUUCUGCUAAUGAAUCCAAACUGCGAAGACACAAGAGGAAGGGCUGCUCUCGCUGCCAUACUACAAAGACUUCUGAUUCUGCCAAAGUGAUGAAGAAUCGUGAUUCGUUGUACUCAGGAUCCAACAGUCCCCCACAAGAGAUCCAAGUGGAAAAAAGAGGGGAAGAGAGGGAGGAAGAGAGAGAGGGAGAGAAAGGGGUGGAGACCGAAGUCCAAGCAGAAACAGGAGUCAAGGAGUCAAGCAGUCCGCGGCCUGGUGGGGAGGCCCAACCAUGGGAAGGAGGUCCUCUCCCACCGACCGAAGAAAGAGAUGAAGAAGAAGAGGAAGAGGAGUGGAAGGAGGGGGAAGGAGAGGGCAGCCCUGCCCCAAAGAAGAGCAGGAAGGAUGGAGAGGCUGCAGGAGAGUUUGAUGAACCUCCACUCAUCCUGUCGGGGGAGAAGGAGAAAGAGAUGCCCACGGGCCCCCUUCAGGCACGUCCCAGCACCUGCUCUGAUCCUCCAGUCUGCGCCAAGAACAUCUCCCUCACUCCAAGUGGAGAGAAAGUCAUCCUCUGGACCAGAGAGGCAGACCGUGUCAUUUUAACUGCUUGCCAGCAGCAGGGAGCCAAUCAGAGCACCUUCCAGGCAGUGUCGGCCCAGCUUGGAAACAAGACAGCCAAUGAGGUGUCUCGGCGGUUCCGCGACCUCAUGCGCCUGUUCCACACAGCAGCCCGGCAGGUCAGCUCAGAGGAUGAGGCGAGCAAUACAGAGCAGCAGUCUGCCACCAAUGAGGAGCUGGACUGACAGGCAAAGCGCUCCUCAGAAUGAAGGAGGGCAGGAGCCACUUACACACCCCGUCCAGGGAGCUGAAGGAUGAGCAGGAAGUGACCAAAAAGCAGAAACGUGUCUCUAACCUUAGAGAAUACUCUGUUCGCGGUUGCACAAUUUGGACCUUCCUAAAUUCGCUUACUUACCUUGAGGACUAAAACGUGGAGACUGAAGACAUGAGCAGAUCGAAAACGCUAACAACCAAGAUGUCUGAAACACACCAGCCAAAGUGUUAAAAACAGCACUCUACAGUCAACUUGAACAUUUUGUACAUAAUGUAAAUAUAGCAUUAAUUUGGUUUUACAUCCCAGGCUGUACAGUAUGUUUUUAAUAUUUGCAUUCUGUUGGUACGUGUUAAUGUAGGACGUUGUGUAAACAUAUCCUAUAAUAAUUUAAUAAAUAAUUGUAUUAAUAAUGGAGUUCACAAUAAAAUCCUACAUGACAUUUUAA